AUGAUGAAUCAUUUAAGAAAUUGUGGAAAAUUUUCAACUCUUGUGUUCGCUGAUCAUUCAAGUGGAAAAUUAUCAAAGUCAACUCUUAAAAUCUUAAAUGCUGCCAAACUAUUGAAUUAAUAGAUCUCUUUAUUAGUAACAAGCAAUGAUGCCAACUCUGUGGUUGAUUAAAUCAAAUCUUCAAUACCCAGCAAUGUUGUACACUAAGUGCUAGUAGCGCAACAUGAUUCAUUCAAAGCACCAUAAGCAGAUGUGUUAGGCAAUUUGGUUAAAUAGUUGAUUGAUUAACAUGGAUUCACCAAUUUUGUUACAAGCACCUCUACUUUAGCAAAAGACUUUUUACCUAGAGUUGCCGUUAAAUAUGCAGCUUAGCCAAUUACUGAUGUUAUAGCGAUAAAUAACGAUGUAUUUUUGAGACCUGUUUAUGCAGGAAAUGCAAUAGCUCAAGUGAAAUCAAGUGACAAAGUCAAAUUCAUUUCAUUUAGACCUACAAAUUUUGAAGAAAUUUAACAAACUGGUGAAAAAGUGACAAAUAUAGUGUAAGUAAAGGUUGAGAAUACAAAAUAAUUGAUUGAGCAUGUUUCUGAUGAAUUAGUAUAAAGCGAUAAGCCAGAAUUAACUACUGCUAAAUUUAUUGUUUCAGGAGGAAGAGCCUUGGGAAGCAAGGAAAAUUUCAAAAUAUUAGAUGAAUUAGCAAAUGCUUUGGGAAAUACAGCUAUUGGUGCUUCUAGAGCUGCAGUUGAUGCUGGAUAUGCUGCAAAUGAUUAGUAAGUUGGAUAAACAGGAAAAGUAGUAGCCCCUGAAUUAUACAUUGCUGUAGGAAUUUCAGGAGCUAUUUAGCAUCUGGCUGGAAUGAAAGAUUCUAAAGUCAUCGUUGCUAUCAAUAAAGAUCAAGAGGCUCCAAUUGUAAGUGUAGCUGAUUAUACAAUUGUUGAUGACUUGUUUAAAGUAGUGCCAGAGUUAACAAAGAAAAUAAAAGAAAUUAAAUAAUGAUAUAAAAGAAGUAUUAAUAUAUUUUAAUAAUCAUUCCACA